AUGAGAACUCACGUAGUUGUUCUUUUCAAACUGGUGAUUGUGGCCUACUUACUCACAUGCAGCAAAGGUGUUCAUGAUCAACUAAACGAGGAAUGCAUUCCACUGAGUAGGUCAUGUUUUCCAUCCGAUUUCAUAUUUGGGACAGCAUCGAGUGCUUAUCAGUAUGAAGGAGCAGCAAGUGAAGAAUACGGCAAAGAACCGAGUAUUUGGGAUACGUUCACGAAGGAACAUCCAGAAAAAAUACCUGGUGGCUCAUCUGGACAAGUUGCCAAUGAUUUCUACCAUCGGUACAAGGAUGACAUCCGCAUGAUGAAGAAGAUCGGUUUCGAGUCCUUUAGACUGUCCAUUUCUUGGUCUAGAAUAUUACCAAGAGGGACAAUAAGUGGAGGAGUGAACUUUGAUGGAAUCAACUUCUAUAACAAUCUCAUAGACGAUCUCUUGCAAAAUGGUAUAAAACCUGUAGUGACUUUGUUCCAUUGGGAUCUUCCACAAGCUCUUGAAGAUAAAUAUGGUGGAUUUUUAAGUCCGGAUAUUGUGGAUGAUUAUCACAAUUAUGCGAACCUGUGUUUCGCACAAUAUGGUGAUAGAGUGAAACACUGGACCACUUUCAAUGAGCCAUACAUUUUUUCAACUCAAGGGUAUGAGAGUGGUGUUAUGGCACCAGGUCGUUGUUCUGAUUAUGCUGGAAAUUGUCCAAAUGGGGACUCGGGAACCGAACCUUAUAAAGUAGUUCAUCACAUACUUCUUGCACAUGCGGAUGUGGUAGACUUGUAUCGGAAGAAAUUUCAUCCAACUCAAAAGGGAAUUAUAGGAUUAGUGGAAACAAGUCAAUGGGCGGAACCGAAAUUCCAAACACUUGAAAGCCGCAAGGCUGCCAAGAGAGCUCUUGAGUUUAUGCAUGGAUGGGUUUUUGAUCCAAUAGUGUUUGGAGACUACCCAAAAAUCAUGAGAUCAUUAGUUGGACAUCGAUUGCCGAAGUUCACUGACGCUCAAUCAGAACUUUUAAAAGUCCUGCAAAUGAUAUGCAUGUUAAUCUCACAAAGUUCAACAUUCUGGCUCGUGAUCUAUCCAAAGGGAAUUGAAGACUUGGUUUUGUACUUGAAAGAGAAAUACAACAAUCCUCCUCUUUACAUCACUGAGAAUGGAGUUGUCGACACCCCUGAUGUUAAAAGGGGUUUUCUUGACACCUUCAUUCCAAAUGAUUGGUUGGUUGAUGAUCGCGUGAGGAUAAAAUACCAUCAUGACCAUCUGUGGCAUUUGCUAAAUGCUAUAAAGUAA